GAAACCUAAUUGCAAAUUUGCAGAUUCCGUCGUCUGACUCCUCCACCGAGUGAUCUCCAACAUUGGAAAGGCCGUAAACAGAAAGAAAAUGCUGUAGCAAUGGCGGUCUUUAGGUCUCUGAAAGCUCUAAUCAAGAAUAAUGCCAGUAGGUCCAAAACCUUCCUUACGACCACCACAUGUACAAUCUCAGCUCCGUGCUCUCCUCUUCCUCAUUUUUCCUCGCCGCCUCUAUAUCCCUUCGGAUGCCACUCAACCAGGCUUCUUUCUCCCCUCUCUAAAUUGAUCAUUCCCUUCCAUGGUCCUCUCUUCUUAUCGUGCCCGCCCUGGAAGCUUUCGCAAUCCGCCACUCCUCUUUAUGUACAAGGAAAUAGAAUUAUUUUGCGCAAAGUUGAAGCUCUGAAUUCUGGAUUAAAUUUGCUCCGUAAAACCAAGCUGCCUCUCAGAAUACGAUUUGGGUCGGUAUCACCCGCGCCAAAUUUGUUGGAUCGGUUGAAUUCAGACACAAGAACUGAUAAUUCGGUACACGGCUUCGUAAACUUGCCCAAUUUAAUUUCAGUGAGCCGGUUAAUUUCCGGUCCCUUUCUUGCAUGGAUGAUAUCGAACGGCUUGUACUCUUCGGCGAUGGUGGGGUUAGCUAUAUCAGGAGCAACCGACUGGCUGGAUGGAUAUACAGCCAGGAAAAUGGGAAUAAACUCCGUUGUGGGUUCUUACCUGGAUCCCUUAGCUGACAAGGUUCUUAUUGGAUGUGUUGCUUUGGCAAUGGUACAGAAUGAUCUUCUCCAUCCUGGACUUGUUGCCCUUGUUGUUGGGAGAGAUGUCUUACUUGUUAGUGGUGCUGUAUAUCAUAGAGCGAAUAGCUUGGGUUGGAAGUGGAGAAGUUGGCACGACUUUUUCAAUCUCGAUGGUACCUCUCCUCAAAAGGUCGAGCCUCUCUUUAUUAGCAAGGUGAAUACUGUUUUUCAAUUGGUAUUGGUCGCUGCUGCUCUUCUUCAACCCGAGUUCGGAACACAGGAGACCGAGUUGUAUGUCACCUUAUUAAGUUGGCUAGUGGCUUCAACAACAGUGGCUUCCACAGGAGCAUACGCAGCUCAGUUCUUGAAGAAGAGUUAUGGACUGAUUGCUCGGAAAGUAUAGAUUUAGACCUUGCAGAUGUAAGCAAGCUUUUCCGAUGCAAAGAAGGUGAAGAAGCAUACAGUACAGCUCCAACAGACUUGACAAAUUAUUCUACAGAGCUUUCACUCAUAAAUGAAAAGAAGUUUCAUGCUCAAUUUGAGAAACUCUAGUUGUAUAUAAUUCCCGGGAACAGUAACCUAACAUAUGUCUCAUGUUGUAUAAACACUGUCCAUUAUGUUAUUGGCGGUGGUCUUCUCUAUUUCACCUGUGCACGUAGGUAGAAAGAAGGGAGUGGUAAGAUUUUACUUUGUUCUAGCAACCUUGUACAGAGAUUCUUCCAGCUAAACUCUGCUUAUUUGAGGAAGGUUUAACAUUUGUUUC